AUGCUCUCGAAUCGGACGCGCCUCGUCGCGUCUCGUGUCCCGGCGGCACGCUCGCGCUACCGACUUUCUUCGGAACUCACUGCUCUUCUAACUUUCUCUUACCCAGUAGGACUUGGUGGAAGGAGGGCGUAUGGUACGCCAGUUGAUGCUCCGAUACCUAAGAAGAGAAAAUUCUACGACUCGGUUGCAGAUGCUGUAGCGGAUGUCAAGAGCGGGGAUACAUUGCUGAGCGGAGGCUUUGGUCUGUGCGGGACUCCAGACACCCUCAUCGGUGCCCUAGCGGAGAGACCAGAGGUCAAGAACCUCACCGCUGUAUCCAACAAUGCGGGCUCUGGUGACAACGGUCUGGGCAAACUAUUGCGUAGCGGUCAGAUCGGAAAGAUGAUUGCUUCGUACAUUGGCGGGAACAAAUUCUUUGAGCAACUCUACCUCCAAGGCAAUAUCGCACUAGAGCUCGUCCCCCAAGGGACGCUCGUAGAACGAAUGAGGGCGGCGGCGGCGGGCAUCCCAGCCUUCUACACACCCACAGGUGCCAACACGGCCGUUGAGGAGGGCUCUAUUCCCAUCAAGUAUAACCCAGGAGGGAUGGAGAAGGGCGUGUUGAUUCCGGGGAACAAGAAAGAGACGAAGGAGUUUGGAGGAAAGAAGUUUGUGCUCGAGCCGGCCAUUCCUGGCGAUGUGGCGUUCAUCAGGGCUUGGAAGGUAGACGAAGUCGGGAACACGGUUUUCAGGUACACGGCGAAUAAUUUCAGCACCGUCAUGGCGAAGAACGCGAAGUUGACCAUCGUCGAGGCAGAGAACAUCGUCGCAGUCGGUUCUCUCGACCCCAACUCGAUCCAUCUACCCGGAAUCUACGUCGACCGCAUCGUCAAAGCUACCGCACCCAAGCAAAUCGAAAUCAGGACCGUAGCGACCGAGAAAUCCGAAGCUGGCACACCGAACCCCGCCAAGGACCUCCGUCAUCGUAUUGCACGACGUGCGGCCAGAGAGUUGAAGGAUGGGUUCCAUGUUAAUCUUGGGAUUGGGAUGCCCACGCUGGUGCCGGAACAUUUGCCCAAGGGUGUUAGCGUUUGGCUUCAGAGUGAGAACGGGAUUCUUGGAAUGGGUCCUUAUCCGCCUGAGGCAGAGCUCGAUGCUGACCUUAUCAAUGCUGGAAAGGAGACCGUCACGCUAUUGCCUGGUGCCUCUGUAUUUGACUCUUCCGAGUCUUUUGCCAUGAUUCGUGGAGGACACAUCGAUGUCUCUAUUCUCGGGGCUAUGCAAGUAUCCCAAGCAGGUGACAUCGCCAACUUUAUGAUCCCCGGAAAGCUUGUCAAAGGCAUCGGAGGCGCCAUGGACCUUGUCUCCAACCCAGAUAACACUCGAGUCAUCGCUGUUCUGGAGCACUGCGACAAAUACGGAAAAUCAAAGAUCCUGAAGUCGUGCACUCUUCCGCUCACGGGUGCGAGGACAUGCAGCCAGAUCAUCACUGAGCUCGCGUCUUUCGAUGUCGACAGGGUGAACGGAGAAUUGACGUUGACGGACUUGGCCGAGGGUGUUUCGUUAGCGGAAGUCAAAGCGAAGACCGAUGCCGAUUUCAAGGUGGCGAAGAAAGUGGGAUCAUACUGA